AUUUCAAUCUUGCUCUCUUUCUUCCAGGUUUGUCUAGCGAGGUUGGUCGGGAUCUCACUGCGCGCUGCUCCCAGGCUCUGCUUCCCUAUUUUUCACAGCUAUGUCCUGCCGUCCUGCCUGCUCUAGCACUUUUCAUUGCCUCACGUUACACAGACAACAAUGGAGUUCAAGCCCUUUAAGCCCUGAGUACAGACAGUGGAGCAAGUAGAAGGAGCUGGAGCACUGGGGACCCACAGGAGCACAGACAGAAUUUCCAAACCUGCCUUCAGAACCUGACUUCAGAACCUGACUUUACAACCAGAGUCAGGGCGGUCCGUGUACUGAAGACCAUGUCUUCUUUCUGGCUCAAGCUGUUGGCAAGCACCAUACUUCUGCUCCAGACACAGGCUAGCUCGCACUCCCUGCGGUAUUUCUACACCGCCAUGUCCCGGCCCGGCCUUCAGGAGCCGCGGUUCAUCGUGGUUGGAUACGUGGACGACACGCAGUUCGUGCGCUUCGACAGCGAUGCAGAGACUCCAAGAGUGAAGCCGGGGGCACCAUGGAUGGAGCAGGAGGAGCCGGGGUAUUGGGAUAGGGAGACACGGAAAGCCAGGUACACAGGCAAGAACUUCAAAUUGAACCUCAAGACCCUGCUUGGCUACUACAAUCAGAGUGAAGACGAACCUCACACUCUGCAGUGGAUGUAUGGCUGUGACCUGGGUCCAGAUGGACGCCUGCUCCGUGGGUACUGUCAGGAAGCCUACGAUGGCAGGGAUUAUAUCUCCCUGAACGAGGACCUGAAAUCCUGGACUACAACUGACGCGGUCUCUCAGAUCUCUAAACUCAAGUCAGAGAACGUGAACGAGGCCGACCACCAGAGAGCAUACCUGCAGGGCCCCUGCAUAGACAGCCUCCAUAGAUACCUGCAGUUGGGGAAGGCGACCCUGCUCCGCACAGACCCCCCAAAGGCACAUGUGACCCAUCAUCCUGGACCUAAAGGUGAUGUCACCCUGAGGUGCUGGGCCCUGGGCUUCUACCCUGAUGACAUCACCCUGACCUGGCAGAGGGAGGAGGAGGAACAGACUCAGGACAUGGAGCUUGUGGAGACCAGACCUUCUGGAGAUGGAACCUUCCAGAAGUGGGCAUCUCUGGUGGUGCCUUCUGGGGAGGAACACAAAUACACAUGCCAUGUGUACCAUGAGGGGCUGCCUGAGCCCCUCACCCUGAGAUGGGAGCCUUCUAAGUCCACAGUCCGCAUCAUGGCAGUCAUUGCUGGUUUGGUUCUCCUUGGAGCUGUGGUGGCUGUUGUGAGGAAGAGGAGGAGAAACACAGGUGGAAAAGGAGGAAACUAUGCUCCAGUUCCAAGCAGGGACAGUUCCCAGAGCUCCGAUGUGUCCCUCCCGGACUGUAAAGCGUGAAAACAGCUGCCUGGUGUGGAUGGAGUGACAGACGAUGUGUUCAGGUCUCUCCUGUGACAUCCAGAGCCCCUCAGUUCACUCUCAGUAAUAGUGUCUGAUGUUCCCUGUGAUCCUAUGGGGUCAGUGUGAAGAACUGGGGGCCCAGCACACCCUGCACACCAGGACCCUGUCCCUGCACUGCCCUGUUCCCAUACACAGACAACCUUCCUGUUCCUGCAGACAGGAGGGGACAUCUCCAGCCUGUCUCCUCCAUGCUGCCCUGAGCUGCAGCCUCUGACUUCCCCACUAAGAAUAAGACUCUGCUGUGGGACAAUGGUCUGUACCCUGUCACUUGUGUUGUUUUAAUAAUAUGCUGCUUGGCCAGUAGCCAGGAAGGAAGUAUGGGCAGGGCCACCAGGCAGGAAAUAGAAGUGUGGCAACGAGAACAGAAUUCUCGGAAGAGGAAAGGCUGAGUUUGGAGUUGACAGAGGAAGCAAGGUGAGAAUACUUCUGUCAGCAAGAAUCUGAAUGAAAACUUGAUUGUUCGUGUCUUUGAUUGAUGUGGGAGUGAUUUCUUUCUAAUCUGUUGCUUUCGUUGGGUAAUUAAUAAAGAAAUUGCCUUAGCCCUUUAAUAGGACAGAAAAUUAGGUAGGCAGAGUAAACAAAACAGAAUGC